CCAGCUGUAAGAGAGGGAACAAUGGCGAGUGUUUCUCUGUUUCAGGAUGACUUUAACUGUUGUAUAUGUCUAGAUUUUCUGAAUGACCCGGUGACUGUCCCCUGCGGACACAGUUUCUGCAUGAGCUGCAUUACAGCAUGCUGGAACAAGGAAGACCAGAAGGGUGUUUACAGCUGCCCACAGUGUAGAGAAAUCUUCUGUCAGAGACCUGUUCUUGGCAGAAACACAAUGAUGGCUGAAGUUGUCGAAAAGCUGAGGAAAACUGACCUCCAGUCUGAUGCUGAAACUCCUCGCUACGCUGGACCAGGUGAUGUGGAGUGUGAUUUCUGCACUGAGAAAAAGUAUAAAGCCAUCAAGUCGUGUCUGACAUGUCUUUUGUCCUAUUGUGAAGUUCACAUCCAGCCUCACUAUGAAGUGCCUCGACUAAGCAAGCACAAGCUGGUGAAUGUUAUUUCACAGCUACAGGAGAAGAUCUGCUCUCAGCACGACAGGAUUGUUGAGGUGUUUUGUUGCGCAGACCAGAAGCUCAUCUGUAUGCUUUGCUCAAAAGACGACCACAUUGGACAUAAAAUUGUCUCCAUGGCUGCCGAACGGGCCGACAAACAGAAAAAGCUGAUGUGGAAGAAACUGGGUAACAACAAUCAAAUCCAGCAGAAGGAGAAGAAGCUGCAACAGGCCCAACAGGCCUUCACAUCUCUACAGGUCUCUGCACAGAAGGCUGUUGAUGAAUCUGAGAAGAUCUUCACCGAGCUGAUCAGGUUCAUAGACCAGAAACGCUCAGAGGUGAUGGGGUCGAUCAAGGCAGAGGUGAGUCGAGCUGAAGGACUCCUGGAGCAGCUGGAGAUGGAGAUUGCUAAACUGAAGAGCAGAGAUGAUGAGAUGGAACGACUGCUACAGACUGAGGAUCAUAUUGAUUUUCUCAAGAGUGUUGGCUCCUGCUGGUCUGUUCCUGUGUCUGAGAUCUCCAGCAUAACUUUCACUCCACAUUUAUCCUCCACUGACAUCAUCACACCUGCACUCAAGGACAUUGUGAAAAUGUUGAAGCUGAAGUUACGUCCAGUUUUCAAAGCUGAAGCUCCCAUCUACCAGUCUGGUAGCUGCACUGUUUCCUCUGCUAGAACAGGUGACAAGGCUGAGGACCCUGUCUCCCAAUCUGAUGGCACUGUUCCCCCUACACAGAGAGGAAUCUGGAUGGGGGGCAGAGUCCGACUGAGCCCUUCAGUUCCAAGGCCAAAAUGUGGCUGGGGACGCAAGACUCUGGCCUGGCCCUGCCAUCCGUAAACUUCCUGUCGAUUCACAUCUCCCUCCACCACACGCCUGGGCCAGCCGGGUCCUCUGGAAGGAGACUGUUCUUGUUGCCAGGCAACCGACCAAUCAGCGAACCGGGGAGGGGGGUGAGGGAAGGGGAAUGAAAGAUGACACACGGGGUUCUCUCCGUUACCCUAACUCCUGCCCUCUCUUGUGCUUGUGGCCUCGUGGUGGCGACGCAAGAUGUCAUUGAUGGCAGAAGUUGAAUUCAAUAUCUCGAAAAGUGCAACUCAAAGGUCAUUUUUCUGAUUUGCAAUUGGUUUCUGAUUUUAUUGUUUUCUCCACGGAGGUGGGGCAUCAGUGAGGCGCAAGGCCACAAACACAAGUCGAGGACGGUGGUUAAGAUAAUGGAGUGUACCCAUUGGCUACAGGCAGAUUACGUGUCCCCACCAAGCGUUACACUCAGUUUCGAACUCCAAAAUAGUUAACCCCUCCCACCAGUAACCCUUACUUAAUUCGGCUUUUCCAGACUCUUUGUACAAACGAAAUUAGCAAAGGUAGACUAUGCGAGUACCAGGCUAAUAAAUACCACUCAUAGCAAUGUGGGUGAUGGGUGAGACUUCCAAGGUGUAAUUUAGACAUGUUUAACUUUUCCUUUUCUUACAUUAAUUUGAAUGCUUUUUAACAGUAUUAACAAGUACUAACAAUGUACUAACAAGACUUCUGUAAAUGUAGUUUUAAAAGCCUCUUUAAACAUUUGUGUUUGGAUUGUGUAGUGCCCGAUGCAAUGUGAGGCUCAAUCAAUUAGAUUUCGAAUAUUAUUGCUCUACUUUUUCUUAACAUUACAUUACACUUGGGCUGCGCUUUUAUACAAAGUGACUUACAGAUAUGACAGGGUAUUGGUUACCGUCCUUGGAGCAGUGUGGAGACUUGAUCAAGGGCACGUGAACCAUAGAUGGAUGAAGGGAUUGGUAAUGAAGGGGAUUGAACCUGCAACCAUGUGAUCUGUAGUCCAACUACCUAACCAUUACAGCAUGGCUGCCCCAUGUCUUCUGCUGUAACAAACAACAAAUAUUUGUAGUAAUAAAAUGAUCUGUUGAAACAAAAUAACAUCUGAAUGAUAACCAUGUUAUUGACCAAGAUGAUUGUGCAGCGUUAUCCUUUGAAUUGUGAUAACGUGAUUAGCCAGACAAUAUUGUAUCCUAUGUGAUUAUAUGCAAUAAAAUAAGUUGGAUUGUC